AAAGGGCACAGUGGGGGCGCGAUGGGGACUUGGGAAUGUUGGGAGCGUGGACCUGGCUGGCCGGGCUGUCCUGCUCCACCGCUUCUCCGCCUGACCUUGCUCUGCGUGUGCCGGGGAGCCGCCUCUGAGAAAUGCGGGGACCCGUUUAAGAUGGUUGUCGCACGAAGAGCUUCUGUUUGUUCUUUGAAGCGCCUACCCCUGUGCGCGGCCCCUGGGAAGGGUUGCAGGUGGUCAGCUGUCAUAAGAAGCGUGGCGUCCUGUCACUUUCUCGGUUCUCAGUGAGCCCUAAAUGUGCGGCGUCCUCGUAUGUACGCAUUUACACGCCUGCCUUCAUUCCGUAAAUUUACGGAGCACCCGCCGUGCGCCAGGCGUGUUCUGUUCCCUAAGCAUAUUCCGUGGUCAUUAACAGGUUCCCUAACACAGUUCUUUUAUUUUUUAAUUUCGUUGUUGCUUAAUUUGUCCUAAGAUGUAACUGGCCCGAGGAGCAUAAAACUGUUGGUGGUUCAUUCGCCAAAAAGAUUGUGAUUUGGGUUUCAGUUUAACUUGUUCCGUACUAAUCGACAGUGUCCCCGCUGUAGAGACCGAGUAAGUAUGAGGAGAAGUCUGUGAGGGUCCUUUAUUUUAUUGCUGGUUUCUCUUCAGGAAAGACGUGAACUAGUAAAACGAUCGACUGGAUUAGAAAUAUUGGUCUUCCAUCAAUCCAUAGUUAAGUGCAGAUACACAUGCACUUACCUAUAUUUGAUGUUGAAUUAAGUAAUAAAACAGUAUUUGAUUAAGUUCAUUACUAGUUUAUUUAGCAGUAGGAGCCGAGGCUCCUACAAUUUUUUUUAUAAUUCUUUAUUGUUGAAAGUAUAACAUGUCCCCCUUUCCCCCCCCCCCCAUUGACCCCCUCCAGCCCACACUCAUCCCCCCCACAGGCCUUCAGGCCCCUAUUGUCUGUGUCCAUGGGUUAUGCUUAUAUGCAUACAAGGUUUUUGGUUGAUUACCUCCCACCCACCUUCCCUCAGAUUCUGUACUCUGUUCCAUGAUUCCAUGUUUCCAGAUCCACUCCGUUCAUCCGAUUAUUUUGUUACUUAGAUUCCACAUAUGAAUGCAAUCAUGUGAUGCUUGUCUUUGACUGACUUAUUUCACUUAGCAUGAUACUCUCCAGGUCCCUCCAUGCUGUCUCAAAGGUGUAACUAUUCUAGCUAAAGCUUAUGCCUGGAGGAGAUGAGAAGGUUUUUGUUACUCUAUGCUACACAGCAAGGACAGGCAAAGGCCAUAGCAGAAGAAAUAUGUGAAAAGGCAGCUGCCCAUGGAUUUUCUGCAGAUCUUCACUGCAUCAGUGAAUCAGAUAAAUAUGAUCUGAAAACUGAAACAGCACCUCUUGUGGUGGUGGUUUCUACCACGGGCACUGGAGACCCACCUGACACAGCGCGCAAGUUCGUGAAGAAAAUCCAGGACAAGACGCUGCCAGGUGAUUUCUUUGCUCACCUGCGGUAUGGGUUAUUAGGUCUGGGUGAUUCAGAAUACACGUACUUCUGUAAUGGGGGGAAGGUGAUUGACAAGCGGCUUCAGGAGCUUGGUGCCCGGCAUUUCUAUGACACUGGACAUGCGGAUGACUGUGUGGGUUUAGAACUUGUCGUUGAGCCGUGGAUUGAUGGGCUCUGGGCUGCCCUCACAAAGCAUUUUGUGUCAAGUAAAGGAAUAGAAGAGAUGAGUGUGGCUCUCACAACAGCAUCGACUGUCUCCCAGAAGAUGGACCCUGUGAAACCAGAAUUAAUACACAUCGAAUCACAAGUUGAACUUCUCAGAUUAGAUGACUCGGGAAGAAAGGAUUCUGAGGUUUUGGAACAAAAUGCAGUGAACAGAGAUCAAUCAAGUGCUUUGAUAGCAGAGCUUGAGUCCUCACUUACCCGUUCAAUACCCCCACUUUCCCAGGCCUCUCUGAAUAUUCCUGCUUUACCACCGGAAUAUUUACAGGUGCAUUUGCAUGAGUCUCCUGGCCAGGAGGAAAGCCAAGAAUCUGUGACUUCAGUGGAUCCAGUUUUUCAAGUUCCAGUUUCAAAGGCAGUUCAGCUGACUACAAAUGAUGCCAUAAAAACUACUCUUCUAGUAGAAUUGGACAUUUCAAAAACAGAUUUUUCCUACCAGCCUGGGGAUGCCUUCAACUUGAUCUGUCCCAACAGUGACUCUGAGGUACAAAGCCUACUCCAAAGAUUGCAGCUCACAGACCAAAGGGAACACCUUGUCCUCUUGAAAAUUAAGGCUGACACCAAGAAGAAAGGAGCAGCCUUGCCCCAGCAUAUACCCGAGAGAUGUUCUCUCCAGUUCAUUCUUACCUGGUGCCUCGAAAUACGAGCAGUCCCUAAAAAGGCAUUUCUGCGAGCCCUUGUGGACUGUACCAGUGAUGGUGCGGAAAAGCGAAGGCUGCAGGAGCUGUGCAGCCGACAGGGAGCGGCCGAUUAUAACCGUUUUGUGAGGGAUGCCUGUGCCAACUUGUUAGACCUCCUGCUCGCCUUCCCGUCCUGCCAGCCUCCGCUCAGCCUCCUACUCGAACACCUUCCUAAGCUCCAGCCCAGACCAUAUUCAUGUGCAAGCUCAAGUCUGUCUCACCCAGGGAAGCUUCACUUUGUUUUCAACAUUGUAGAAUUUCUGUCCAACACCACACCCGUGGUUCUGCGGCGAGGCGUGUGCACAGGCUGGCUGGCCACGUUGGUUGAAUCAGUUCUUCAGCCGAACAGGCAUGCAUCCCAUGCAGACGGCGGGAAAGCCGUCGCUCCACAGAUAUCCAUCUCUCCUCGCACAGCAAACUCUUUCCACUUGCCGAAUGACCCCUCCGUCCCCAUCAUCAUGGUGGGUCCGGGAACUGGCGUAGCGCCCUUCAUUGGUUUCCUGCAGCAUAGAGAGAAACUCCAAGAACAGCAUCCAGACGAACACUAUGGGGCGAUGUGGUUGUUUUUUGGCUGUAGACAUCAGGAGAGGGAUUACUUAUUCAGAGAAGAGCUCAGACAUUUCCAUAAGCAUGGAAUCCUAACUCACCUGAAGGUUUCCUUCUCAAGAGACUCUCCUGCCAGGGAGGAGCAAGCCCCAGUGAAGUAUGUGCAGGACAACAUCCAGCUUCAUAGCAAGCAGCUGGCAAGGCUCCUCCUUCAUGAGAACGGUUACAUUUACGUGUGUGGAGAUGCUAAGAAUAUGGCCAGGGAUGUAAAUGAUACCCUUGUGGAAAUAAUAAGCAAAGAGGUUGGAGUUGAUAAACUGGACGCAAUGAAAACUUUGGCUACUUUAAAAGAAGAAAAACGCUAUCUUCAGGAUAUAUGGUCAUAAAAUCAGAAAAUGAAGAGAGUUACGGGUUUUUUUGGCUGAAAGUACUAAAAGACAACUUCACUGAAGUUUGAGACUUUCGAUUUUUAAAAUUAAAAAAAAAAAUUAACUUUUCUUAGGGAGAGUGGGGAGUGGAUCAGUUAAUAGAAUAACUAACUUCCAGUUCAGUUUUCCUUAUCCACCCCUAAUCCUCCUUCCCUCUCCAAACCAGCCUGUGGCCUGUAGGCCCCCUGAGCUGAGGCAGCCCUCACUCCUCCCCAGCACCUCCCUCCAGGGGCCACUUCUACAUCCUGGGGAACUUCAGAGAGACCUGACCAGAUUGCAGGGAGCCUGUAUCUGUGCAUGUGGUGGUUUCCCAUUGUGGAAUGUGGGCACCAGAGUCCCCCAGGCAAAUAGUUAAAUCUGGGAACUCAUGUUGCCAGUUUUAUAAAUAAUGUAAAAAUAACAUCAUUCUUAUAUGAAAUGUACCAUAAAGAGUAUGUGUUAAAAUGACACAUGUAUAGCAUAUCUGAUUAUGUUUCUAUUACAUUAUCAAAUGUUUAUUUUCAUUCCCAAAACUAUAUUUCUGAUAACAAAUGUUUUAAGGUAAUGCUUAUAGGGAAUUUUUUGUGUGUGAUCCUAGAAAUGUAAAAUAUAUUUUGAAAUUCUACUCUGGCAUAUGAUUUCUUUAUCUCAGUUACUUUUUAACAUCACUAUUCCAGAAUUUAGGAAAAUUUGCAUUCAAUUUACAGAUGUGAGCAAAAACAUAUAGUAAAGCUACAACCUCUUUUUCCUCCCUCCCCCCCCACCCCCCCAUAUCUUUUUAUUUCUCCUUUUGGCAUGUUUUGUAGUUUUUCCACAGAAUUUAACUUACCCCCAUGAUCACUCAAACUGUAUCUUAGGCUUAAAAUGUCUACUUAAAUUAAUGAAAAGAAAAGAAAAAAAUGUUUAAAUUUUACCAUUUUUUUAACAUGUUAUAUCUUCACUAUGUUAAAAUGCAGAAACUGGAAUACAGAAUGUCCUGUAUAUAACUGUCAUUCCUUCCUUUUCACUGUUUUUGUUAUUUUAAAAAAAAAAAUGCUCUUUCUUCAUUGUUUAACUUAGUACAGUGCCUCAGAAUCUCCGUGGGUGAUGGAGGUUGCUGAAGGGUAUUUUCAGUAUACUGUCAGAUAUUAAUCAAAAUUUGAAGAGGAAUUGGUCAGGAAGGUUUUGUUGCCUUUAACUUGCAGUUUGGCCACGUGGGUCACAGCAUCCCUGGUGAAGCAGUCCGCCAGCUAGGAAAACAAAAAGAUCACUCAUGGUAGGCAUGCGCCUUCCUGAGUCCUCCCAUGGGCAGCGUGCACUAGGACCUGUUUUGGGGACUGAAGAUACAGCCAGUGUCAUCACCACUCCAUUUAUUGCAAAGCAGACUGCCCAGCAUCUUUAAAAUCACAUUAAAUUGAAGAGAAAAUGCAUAAUGGUACUUCUCUAUGUAUGAAUUAUAUGUUAAUUUCUGAGCAUUCACCCUUUUAAAUUUCAAUUUUCAGAUACAUAUAACCAAAACUGAUCUUUGUUCAAAUAUUGCCAAGGACAAGUGCAAUACUCAUUCACAGAAGGCAUCUUUUAUCCCUCCCCUUGAGCCCCUUAACUUCACCCCCUACACACACACACACACACACACACACACACACACACAAUAUAUGAGGAACCUGGCUUAAAAGUGCUUGAAAACCUUGUGGGUCUUUAUGGCUCAAAUUCUAUUCACAACACCACCACACUUGGGUCUGGGUUUUCUGAAAAGGCCAUACACACUCCUCCACCUCCACAUGCAAGAGGAGACCUGUGGGGCUGUGUCAGGAGACAAGGCCUGUCCAGGAAGACAGAGGCUCUUGUCGCUUGUUAUAUUACCCCGCAGGGGCCUGGGAUCUCAGGGGACCGAAAGGCCAGUCCUCAGACAAAUGGAAAUAAUUGCUAAGAGAUGGGGGCCAAAACAAGUGAAUAGGAACACAAAGCAGAGAAGCUUUGCAAAGGGAGCAAGCGGCAAACUGACGAGGGAGUUGAAGUUCUCCAAUUUACCUUAAUACUAGAUGCAGCUAUUUUUUUCAGCUUUUAAAAUUUAGCCCCGAGGGCAAUGCAGUUGGAAAUGACAGCAGGAUCCCAUAAUGUUGACUUUGAACCUCAAAUGCAGGAAUGACUCAGGACUGGGUUUUGUUAUAAAUGCCCACAUAAACCUCACAUUUCCAACAACUGUAUUCUUUCCACACCCCCAAUCGGUUCUGGACCUGGAUGCACAGAUUGGGGGCGGGGACCAUUCCAUGAGAUAACGUACAUUAUCAGUUGAAGAAUCAGGACAGGGGAGAACAAAUCUGUGCACUUCUAAAACGGAGUUUGAUCCUGGGCUGCUGAAACACAGGUCUGUCUGCUCGUCGGCCUCUUCAUUGUGGGUUUCGUGUGUGACCUGCAAAGAGCACGCAUGAGCUCCAGAAGGAACUUCCCUUGAGGCCUGGAUUGGUUUUCCUCUGCUGGGGAUGGACAGCAGUGACUUUGACACGGAAGAGCUGAGGCAGGAGCAGGUCAGAUCACAGGCAAGCACUGUCCAGGGUUCCAUGGCUGGACGUGAGCAUUUUACCUCAAGCUGGGGAUUUCGCCAAGGCUGGUGCUAUGGUUUCAACUGGAGGGACAGUGCUGGGCAGCUUCCUCCCAUUCAAGGCACUCCUGACCAAAACAGCCAUGUGGAAAGAUAAAACACAAAGUGAAAACAUCA